GGUGCCCCUGCACCGGUGCCUCCUGCAGGCAGACAUAUAGUACACGGAGGGUCAAAGAGUUGCUUUAUUCCACUGUUCACUUGGAUUUAUGUCAGUAACCCUGGAGAGCAGUUAUGAAGAGAGCACUUCCUUACAACUCCAGAUGGCAAGAGAGACGGUCCACUGUGGUUUAUGCGGUACGAUCAGCCACCUUGGGCUCCUGGAGGAUGCUUACCCUGGGGGCAGAGUACGAGGAUACCUGGGCUCCGUCACCUGACAAGAGGGGCCGUCCCAGUCAGCAGGUAGAGGAGAAGGCGGGGCCUGUCGAGGGAGCAGACCCCGGCACUGGAGACCCGGAGGGGCGGUCGUGGAGAGCCGGUGACACCGACACCGUGCACAAGUAUGACACAGUUUUACACCUGGAUGGGCAGGGCAGAGUGGGAAAGAGAGACGGUGUGCGUCAGAUCGUCAGGAAGCAUGAGACCCUAAACAGCACGCCAUGGCCCCGUGGAAUGGCUCGCUUCGCAGAAGAUCUACCCUCCCGCUAUGGAGGAGGCGCAGGCGGCGGAGGGAGAGGCGCACCGGGCUCUGGGAGAGGGGGAGCCCGGGGUGGUGGCGGCGCUCAGGGUGGCCAGAGGGUGUACAAGCAGUCGAUGGCCCAGCGAGCCCGGACAAUGGCCAUUUACAACCCGAACCCUGUCAAACAAAACUGCCUCACUGUCAACCGCUCCCUCUUCAUCUUCCGCGAGGACAACCUCAUCAGGAAGUAUGCAAAGCGAAUAACCGAGUGGCCUCCAUUUGAGUACAUGAUCCUCGCUACAAUUAUCGCCAACUGCAUCGUUUUGGCCCUGGAGCAGCAUCUACCUGCCAGCGACAAGACACCCAUGUCAGAACGCCUGGAAGACACAGAGCCCUACUUUAUUGGAAUAUUCUGUUUCGAGGCUGCCAUUAAGAUCAUCGCCCUGGGCUUUGCAUUUCACAAAGGCUCCUACCUCCGCAACGGCUGGAAUGUAAUGGACUUCGUGGUCGUCCUCACAGGAAUUCUGGCCACAGUGGGGUCGGACUUUGACCUGCGAACGCUGCGCGCGGUGAGAGUGCUGAGACCCCUGAAACUCGUGUCAGGAAUCCCUAGUCUCCAGGUGGUAUUGAAGUCCAUAAUGAAAGCCAUGGUUCCUCUGCUUCAGAUCGGCCUGCUGCUUUUCUUUGCCAUUGUCAUGUUUGCCAUCAUCGGGGUGGAGUUUUACAUGGGCAAAUUCCACACCACUUGCUUCAAGAUAGAGACUGGUGAGAGAGCUGCAGACUGGCCAUGUGGUCUGGAGCCCCCCGCCAGGAUGUGUCCCAACGGGACCCAGUGCAGAGAGUACUGGACUGGACCCAACUUUGGCAUCACCAACUUCGACAACAUCCUGUUUGCAGUGCUUACAGUGUUCCAGUGCAUCACCAUGGAGGGCUGGGUGGACAUCCUCUACAGCACCAAUGAUGUAGCAGGAAACACCUGGAACUGGCUUUACUUCAUCCCUCUCAUCAUCAUCGGCUCCUUCUUCAUGCUCAACCUGGUGCUUGGUGUCCUGUCAGGAGAAUUUGCUAAAGAAAGAGAGCGUGUGGAGAAGAGGCAGGAGUUCCUGAAGCUCCGGAGGCAGCAGCAGAUUGAGAGAGAGCUCACCGGGUACUUGGAGUGGAUCUGCAAAGCAGAGGAGGUGUUGCUGGAGGAGGAGGAUGAGAUUGCAGAAGAGAAGUCCCCUCUGGACGGUGCGUGGUACAAGAGGAAGCAAAAUCUUCCAGUCCUGAAACGAGGCAAAGUCAAGACAGGUAAAAACGACCUGAUCAGUGCUGAGGAGGGGGACGAUCCUUUCACAGACAUUUCAUCUGUUGCUCCUCCUGGUUCUCCGUUUGGUCGGGCCAGUGUGAAAAGCGGCGGUAAGCUUGACAGCUCCUCUUACUUCCGACGUAAAGAGAAGAGGACCCGGUUCUUCAUCCGCCGCAUGGUGAAAGCUCAGAGCUUCUACUGGAUAGUUCUGUGUCUGGUGGGCCUCAACACUCUGUGUGUGGCCAUUGUCCACUAUGACCAGCCCGAGUGGCUUACAAGGGCCCUCUACACAGCAGAGUUUGUGUUCCUGGGUUUAUUUCUGACUGAGAUGGCCUUAAAGAUGUAUGGCAUCGGAGUGAGGAAUUAUUUCCACUCGUCCUUUAACUGCUUUGAUUUUGGGGUCAUUGUUGGAAGUAUUUUUGAGGUGAUCUGGGACAUGAUUAAACCAGGAGCAUCGUUUGGUAUCAGUGUGUUGAGAGCCCUGCGACUGCUCAGGAUAUUCAAAGUCACCAAGUAUUGGAAUUCGUUAAGGAAUCUUGUGGUCUCCCUCCUCAAUUCAAUGAAGUCCAUCAUCAGCUUGCUCUUCCUCCUCUUCCUCUUCAUCGUGGUCUUUGCUCUGCUGGGCAUGCAGCUCUUCGGAGGACAUUUCAAGACCAUGGAUUCAGGUUUUGGCAGGUUUAACUUUGAAGAUGAGACGCCAACAACAAACUUUGAUACCUUCGCGGCAGCCAUCCUCACUGUGUUCCAGAUUCUGACUGGCGAGGACUGGAACGCCGUGAUGUACCACGGGAUCGAGUCUCACGGGGGCGUUCGCCGUGGCAUGUUCUCUUCUGUCUACUUCAUUGUCCUCACGCUCUUCGGAAACUACACCCUGCUGAAUGUCUUCUUGGCUAUCGCUGUUGAUAACCUCGCAAAUGCACAGGAACUGACUAAGGAUGAAGAGGAGCAGGAGGAGGCCGCCAAUAAGAAGCUUGCCCUGCAGAAAGCUUUGGAGGUGAAGGAAGUCAGCCCAAUGUCAGCAGCCAACAUCUCAAUCGCUGCUUUUGUAAAGCAAAAUCGAGAUGCACACUCUCGCAGGUCGUCCAUCAACAGCAUUCAGUCAGCGAGUUAUUCUGUCUACUCCUCUCCCGCCCGACGAAUCUUGAGUAAGGAGCAGCAGCGGUCAGCAAAGGCCAUGUCAGUGUGGGAGCAGAGGACCAACCAGCUGAGGAGACACAACAUGAGGACGAGCAGCGAGGCUUUGUUCAACGAGCUCGACCCUGAGGAGCGCCUCCAGGUGUCCUCCGCCCUCCACCUGCACCCUGACAUGAAGACUCACCUGGACCGGCCACUUGUGGUGGAGGCCAAGAACGGUGACAAACCCAGCAGGUCUGCUAAAGGAGGACGGGAUGAGGCAGAUGAUCUCCGGCAGGAAUCGACAAGUGACAACUUCCACACCCACUCCAGGAAGCAUCACAGGCACCGUGACAGGAAUGGAGAGAGCAGGGAUGGAGGUGAAGACUGGGGAGGGAGGCACCAUGCCCAUCACAGCCGGAGCAGAGAUAACAACACAGACAGUGGCCAGAUAGGAGAAAAGAGAGGGGAGAGUAGCCACAGCCGGGAUGGAGGGCAGGGACACAGGCACCAUCACCAGGCCGGCUCCCCUGAGGAGGAGGUCAAUGACUUCCGAAGAGGAGAAGAAAGAGGACACCGCCACCAUCACUCCCAUCGUCCUCCAAAAGAGGGAAACGGGAGGAUAGGAAAUGGUGCGCAGGGAGAGCGAAGGGGGAACGGAGGAGGAGGAGGAGAUAGUAAUGGAGAGAGGAAAGGGCGAUGCUCUCGUAUGGUCAGAGCUCAGUCUACACUGGAUGGAGACGACUGUAAGAGGAACAAGAAUGGAAUCAAAGGCCACAGGGAGAGACAGUCAGAUGCUGAGGAGGACGGCCUCGCCUCCAGUCCUCAGCAGCUGAUGCGGAGUAGCCUGAGUCUAGGAGAAAAGCAAGAGGAUGCUGACAACCAGAAGAACUCCACCAGGGCCAGCCAGGCCGGCCUCAACAGCAACACCAUCCACAUCCCUGUCACCAUCACUGCUCCUCCUGGAGAAACCACCAUCAUACCCAUGAACAAUAUUGACUGCGACAACUUCCAACUCAGUGAUGAGAAGAAAGACCUGGAGGAGGAGGAGGAGGAGGCAGCUAAUGGGCCUCGGCAGAUUCUUCCCUACAGCUCCAUGUUUAUCUUCGGGCAAACAAACCCGGUGCGGCGACUGUGUCACUACAUGGUCAACCUACGCUAUUUUGAAAUGUGUAUCCUGAUGGUCAUCACCAUGAGCAGCAUCGCUCUGGCAGCCGAGGACCCUGUGCAAGCCAAUGCACCGCGAAACAAUGUUCUCAAGUAUCUGGACUAUGUCUUUACCGGGGUCUUCACUUUUGAGAUGGUGAUAAAGAUGAUUGACUUGGGACUGCUCCUCCACCCUGGCGCUUAUUUCCGUGACCUGUGGAACAUUCUGGACUUCAUUGUGGUCAGCGGAGCUCUGGUGGCCUUUGCCUGCUCGAGCCUUAUGGGAUCGCAACAAAGCGUGGCCAGAGGGACGAAAGGCAAGGACAUCAACACCAUCAAGUCCCUGAGGGUCCUCCGAGUCCUGCGGCCACUCAAGACCAUUAAACGGCUUCCCAAGCUGAAGGCGGUGUUUGACUGCGUUGUGAACUCUCUGAAGAACGUUCUUAACAUCCUUAUCGUCUACAUGCUCUUCAUGUUCAUCUUUGCUGUUAUUGCCGUGCAGCUCUUUAAGGGUAAAUUUUUCUACUGCACCGACGAGUCCAAGGGUCUGGAGAAAGACUGCAGGGGUCAAUUUCUGGACUAUGACAGGGAUGACGUGGCAGCUCAGCCCAGAGAGUGGAGGAAGUACGAGUUUCACUACGAUAACGUUCUCUGGGCCUUCCUUACGCUCUUCACUGUGUCCACUGGGGAGGGAUGGCCACUGGUCCUGAAGCACUCUGUAGACGCCACUUAUGAGGACCAGGGCCCCAGCCCAGGCUUCCGCAUGGAGACAUCCAUCUUUUAUGUGGUCUACUUCGUGGUGUUCCCCUUCUUCUUUGUCAACAUAUUUGUGGCUUUGAUCAUCAUCACCUUCCAGGAGCAGGGGGACAAGGCCAUGUCCGAGUGCAGCCUGGAGAAGAAUGAGAGGGCAUGUAUUGACUUUGCCAUCAACGCCAAGCCGCUGACGAGAUACAUGCCAGAGAACAAGCAGUCCUUCCAGUACAAGAUGUGGAAGUUUGUGGUGUCGUCGCCGUUUGAGUACGCCAUCAUGACUUUAAUCGCCCUCAACACAGUCGUGCUGAUGAUGAAGUUCUACGGAGCUCCAGACCUGUACGAGUCCAUGCUGAAAUACUUAAACAUCGUCUUCACAGCCCUCUUCACAUUGGAGUGCAUCCUCAAGAUUAUUGCCUUCGGUCCACUGAACUACCUGAAAGCAGCCUGGAAUGUGUUUGACUUUGUGACUGUGCUGGGAAGCAUCACAGACAUCUUGGUCACAGAGAUUAAGACGGACAAAAUGAUCAACCUGAGUUUCCUGAGGCUGUUCAGAGCGGCUCGUCUCAUCAAGCUGCUGCGGCAGGGCUACACCAUCCGUAUCCUGCUGUGGACCUUUGUUCAGUCCUUCAAGGCUCUACCAUAUGUCUGCCUGCUCAUCGCCAUGCUGUUCUUCAUCUAUGCCAUCAUUGGAAUGCAGGUCUUUGGCAACAUCGAGCUGAAUGAGGAGAAUGCAAUAAAUCACCACAACAACUUCCAAACAUUUUUCCAGGCCUUGACUCUUCUUUUCAGGAGUGCGACAGGCGAGGCGUGGCACGAGAUCAUGUUAGCGUGUCUCAGUAACCGGCCGUGUGAUAAGCUCUCAGGAACCGUGGGGAAGGAGUGUGGAAGUGAAUUUGCCUACUUCUACUUUGUCUCCUUCAUCUUUCUCUGCUCCUUCCUGAUGUUGAACUUAUUUGUCGCUGUCAUCAUGGACAACUUUGAGUAUCUGACAAGGGACGCCUCCAUCCUGGGGCCUCAUCACCUUGAUGAAUUCAUCCGCGUGUGGGCAGAGUAUGACCCUGCUGCCUGCGGGAGGAUAUGCUAUCAGGAUAUGUACAAAUUGUUGCGUUUUAUCUCGCCUCCCCUGGGCCUAGGGAAGAAGUGCCCUAGUAGGGUGGCUUAUAAGCGAUUGGUGAAGAUGAACAUGCCCAUUGCGGCUGACAAGACGGUGCAUUUCACCUCCACGCUCAUGGCCUUGAUUCGCACAGCCCUAGAGAUCAAACUGGCAUCUGGGGUCCUGGCGCAGCAUUUGUGUGACGCUGACCUGAAGAGGGAGAUAAACCGAGUCUGGCCCAACCUGUCACAGAAGACUGUCGACCUGCUGGUGACGCCGCCUAAAUACAAUGAGCUGACUGUGGGGAAAGUCUAUGCAGCUCUAAUGAUCUUUGACUACUAUAAGCAGACUUGUGCUAAGAGACUCCAGCAGCAGCAUUCUACAGGGGGACCUCAGAGUAAACUUGGGGCGUUGUUCCGUCCUAUGCUGCCCCUCACUCAAAUACCAGAAGUAGAACCAAUGAUCUGCAGCCCCAAACAGCCCCUCCCACCCCAGCCUGAGCCAGAAGCCAAGCCAGAGCUGCUGCCCACCACAACCAUCAUCUCGGUUAACAGGGACACAAUACUAAACAAGAAGAGUACCAUAAAACAUUCCCAGUCCGGAGAUGUUUCUCAGGCAGCGCAACAGAGGCCCAAAGGCCGAAGGAAACUCCAAAGAGGCCAGUCAGAGGAUGUGCCAUAUGCCACCAGACCUCAGGAAUUUGUUGAACUGAAGCAGGUGGAGAAUAUUUCAGACACAGAGGGCUAUCCAAUCCUGGAGGGCCACUGCAGAGCGGCUUCACUGCCUCGACUCAAUGCCGAGUACUACCGGAGCCACCCUCGCCACGCCCCUGGGACCCACCUGGCACCUAUUGUAGACCUCAGUCCCAUCAAGCGCUCAGCAUCCUCGCUGACACCACAGCUGAGGGAGUAUGACCUGGAACGGCCCGGCUUGGCCCAGUCCUCAACGGGGCCGGAGCAAGUCCAGGGCCAGGAUAGAGCCCACCACCAUCACCACCACCACCGCUGCCAUAGACGCAGGGACAAGGAAAAAGACAAGAAGCAGACUUCACUGGAUAGAGCUGCAUCAGUACAACCAUCCAGCACAGUUGAUUCGUUCACCGACUCUUCAGCUGAAGGUUUGUCCAGAGAACGAGCUAGGGAGCGGGACCGCAGCCGGCCGCAUGAGAGGAGGCACCACUCUUCAGCAGGAGAGAAGCAGCGCUACUACUCCUGUGACCGUUACGGCAGCAGGGAGCAGUGUCACACCAAGUCAGCCGGUCCCAGUCGAUCCACGUCUCCCGGAGAGGGACAGGACGCGGGUUUGCUCAAACAGCAUGGUAGCAGUCUGGUCAAAGCUGGCCCUAUAACGUUCUCCUCUGGUUCGAGCACUCUGGGCCGUGGUCGAAGGCAGCUCCCACAGACGCCCCUCACGCCUCGUCCAGCCGUGGCCUACAAGACCGCCAUCUCCUCACCUCUCCAGUCCGGUGCCAGCACUACUACGUUGGGGCACCAGACUCGUUUCAGCCGUGGCCUUUCAGAGCAUGAACGCUUACACUGGGGCCACGACGAGUCCCCAAUACCAGUGACCCGUAUUGGUUCAGACCCUAAUUUAAACCAGCAGCCACAGGUUGCUUCUCAACAUGCCCUCCUUGAAGAGGACUUCCAGGACACUGUGAACAGCCAGGGAGGGGGACGCUCUGCCAGAAUCACUGUCUCAACGACAGCCUCAGCUUCACACGGACCUGCCGCUGUGCCUGUCACAGCGGCCGCCACGCACGGUCGGGCGGGGGGGGUGCCUAACGGCUACCACUUCACCCUCGGAGUCAACUCUGCGUCUGGGCCUGGGAGCCGAGGAACAGGAAGUCUCAGGGAGAGGGAGGAAGAGGACUGGUGCUGAUAUGGCAGAAAAGUGUUAGCUGAGGACGGACAGCUUAUCAGUGAUUCACAGCGCUCAUGGCCUAUGAGCUGAUAGGAAGCCAGCGGAUUAUUACAGAAAGAAAGGUAGUGGAAGGAAAAAGCCACUGGAAAGUGCUGUGAAAGGGGACCAGAAAUCAUUCCAGCUUUGUAGUGUUACUCUCUUUUUUUAUACAAUAAACUUUUAAGGAAAAAUGACACUGAUGACUUUUCUACCCCCUUUACUUGCACUGAAAUUAUAGCACCUGUGAAGACACUUAAGUAUUUUGCCUUGGCCAGUAAAUCAGUGAUGGAACAGAAGACAAAAACCAAAACCUCCUCAUUCUUUGAGUGAAACUACUGUAUGAAGUGUGUUUCAGACAGCUCUGAAUGCUUCAUUCCUGGUGUUAAUAUGGCUGUUCACAACACUGUUUUUGUAUGUUUCAUUUUGUCUAUAGUUGCCAUGUAGGUGAAAGAAGAGUCAACUUGAUCGUAUUGAUGCUUCCACCGAAUUAUCUCUUUUUUUCAUAGGCUAUUACUUUGGGGGUUAUAACCAAAUUCUGACCAGAGCAGAUAUUAGGUGAUGUAGGUCUUAAACAUUUGCCAUGAUUAGGGACAUAGUGUGUGAUAAAAAUUAAAGAAUGGGAGGGGUUAGAAUAGGACUAGAGCCCAGUUUUAAUGAUCAUGUUUUUGUAAAUUGUACCAGAUUAAAUACAUUUUAUUAGUGCAGAAGGAGACUAGGUAACUCUUUGCUGAUGUUAUGUGGCUGAAUACUAAGUGCCUCGUCUUCCAAGAUGUAUUAAGAUGCAGCCUGGUCAGAUGGACUUGAACAUACAGUAGAGGAUGUAUGUAUGUACACAGCAAAGAAAAAGUAGAGAACAAAGUUUAAGUCUGGUAUAAUGGACAGAAUGCAA